AUGUUUGCAAACUCUUCUGUUUGUAGUUCACAGGUAACAGGAAGCAGAUCUCCAGCACCCAGUAAUGUGUCCAUUAGGAGCGAUCGAUCUAAAGAUGCGGUGCCUGAUUUUGCCGGUGAAACGGCUCCAAGUUCACAGGUAACAGGAAGCAGAUCUCCAGCACCCAGUAAUGUGUCCAUGAGGAGCGAUCGAUCUAAAGAUGCGGUGCCUGAUUUUGCUGGUGAAACGGCUCCAAGUGCCAAAAAACAACUCCAGAAACACAUGUUUCUUUUGAAACUUGGGAGGCUUGCAUUAUUCCAACUUCUAGAUAAUAAUCGCAUCUUUUACGAGGAAGACCUAAGAGACAAUGGAAUCGACACAGAAGAAGCUUCUAUCUAUUCUGGUUUUUGCAACACGGUUCUCAGAGAAGAAAAAGUUUUCUACCAGAGAAAGAUCUUCUUCUUUGUGCAUCUGACCCUCCAAGAGUUCUUUGCUGCACUGUAUGUCUAUGAUUGUUUCACAACCAAGAAAACACAAGAGCUUGUAGAAUUCCUUAAGUUGGAGGAGAAAGAUUAUGCUUUAGCUGACCUCAUAAAGAUGACUGUUGACAAAGUUCUUGAAAAGAAGAAUGGUCACUUGGACUUUUUCUUGCGGUUUCUGCUUGGCCUGAUGAUUGAACCCAACCGAAGACCUCUUCAGGGCUUGUUGACAUCUGUUGACCCAAAUGAAGAUGCAGACAAGAAAGUCUUAACUUACCUGAGAUCUCUCCGAAGAAAGAACCUGUCUCCAGAUAGCUGCAUCAAUAUCUUCCAGGCUUUGGUUGAGAUGAGAGAUCAUAAACUCAAAGAUGAGAUCCAAGAAUAUCUUCAACUGGACAAUCGUUCAAAGAAAGAGUUGACUCCCCUACAUUGCUCUGCCCUGGCCUACAUGCUGCAGGUGUCCAAGAAGGAACUGGAGGAGUUGGACCUAAAAAGUUACAACACAACAGAUGAAGGCAGAAGGAGGCUCAUACCAGCAGUGAGGAGCAGCAAAAAGGCUGUGUUAAAAGACUGCAAUGUGACUGCAGAGUGGAUUGAACACCUGGUCUUUGGCUUAAAGUUCCCAUUUUCCCCGCUCCGAGAUCUGGACCUGAGCAACAACGAUCUGAUGGAUUCAGGUGUGGAGUUGCUCUGUGACGGACUGUCAAGUCCCUGCUGCAAACUUAAAGUAUUGAGGUUAUCUGGCUGCUGUAUCACAUGGACAGGGUGUGAAUAUCUGGUCUCAGCUCUUAAGUCCAACCCCUCCCACCUGGUGGAACUGGACCUAAGCUACAACCAUCUGGGGGAAUCAGGAAUCAAGCUGAUUUCUGAGCAAUUUAAACAACAAAAACUCAAUUAUAAAAAUGAUGGAAGUAACCGGAUCCAACCAGGAUUCAAAAAGUAUGCCUGCACACUUACUCUGGACUCCAAAACAGCACACAAGAAUCUGCUUCUAUCUGACGGGAACAGAAAGGUGACCUGGGUAGAGAAAGAGCAGCCCUAUCCUGAUCACACAGAAAGGUUUGAGCACUACGCUCAGGUCCUGUGUGAACAGGGCCUAGAGGAGCGCUGCUACUUUGAGGUGGAUGUGGUGGAGCCCUGCACCGUUGGCCUAGCAUACAAAAGCAUCAACAGAAAAGGAGACACGGUGAACUGCAGGUUUGGGAUGAAUGAAAAGUCCUGGUCCCAGAGUUGCUCAGGACAUGGUUGCUACAUAUGGCAUAAAAACAUUGGUACUUUUGUCUCUUCUUUGCGCUGCUCUCGUGUUGGAGUGUACCUGGAUUAUGAGGCUGGCAGCAUAUCUUUCUAUAAAGUGUCUAAUGACACCCACAGCCGUCUUCAGACCUACAAAGAUCUGAGGUUCAGUGAGACCCUCUAUCCCGCUGUUGAACUUCAUCCUCAUUCUUCUGCUUUUUUUUGUUAGCUAACAUUACAUAAGGAAAGUGCAAAGCACAGAGGAUGGAGCGAGUAAGGAGCUUCUUUAUUAUUAGGGCUGUAAUAUUCUAAAGUAAGAAGUGGAUCUGCCCAUAUAUCAGAUAAUAAAAUUAAAAUAUGUCUUGUAUUUUUAAAUAAUAAAGCAAAUCUUAUUUUUUUAUCCUUUUAUUUUCUGUAAAUUAAAUGAUAUAAAAAAACAAAACAAAAAAAUCUCUAUUGUAAUAAUUCAAAUUAAAAAGUGACCUGCAAUGACCCCCCUAGAGAGACUCCCAUCCCUGUGAGUUUUUUUUUCGUAUGUAUUGUAUUGCUGUACAUAGCUCAGGAUUCAAAGGAGUUCUGAUAUUAAGGUAUAUAUUUGUUAAAAGGAGCUGCAUGCACCAGAAAGCCUAAAUGGGGGAAUAAAAAAUAAAUUUGUUUUGUCAAACCAGUAAAUUUUUUUGACUGUAAAUAAGUUUGAUGUUUUAUUUGUGCUCCUUAUGAAAUAAUAAUCAGUAAUUGAUAAGAUUUUACAAGCAGUAUUUGUUUAAACACUUUGGUGAAACAAGUAGAGCAUCCUGUUUCCUAAACAUUUAGUUUAUCUUUGUUCCAGCCUCUAACACAGUGGUUCUGUUUCAUUUUAUUAUUAGACCAUGGAUCAAACAUGCAUCCUCUAGUUGGUUAGGGCUGCACAACAGAUGGGGUAUAUUCACUACUUCACUACUUCCUGCACUUCAGCUAGCUACUUAGUUUCCUGUUUUUCAUUACUGGUCAAGCUGAUUAAUCCAGGUGUGUCUGACCUCAGUAACCAUGAUGAUAUUAGCCAGACACACUUGGAUUAAUCAGUCUUUCCACUAAUAAAAGACAGGGAACUAAGUAGCUAGCUUAAGUUCAGGAAGUGGUGGAGUUUGGCAUAUAAUGCAAUCGCUCUGUAUCUUUAUCACAAUUUACUGUAUGUAAGACAGAUAAGGAAGAACUGUCACAUAAAUGUUUGCUUAUUAUUCAUCUGUCAUGUAGUUGAGGUUUCUAGGCCUGUAAUACUGUAUACUCAAUGAUGCUUGCUUACUGCAGCAUAAACAGUUUUCUAAGCUGAAGUGGUGGUUAUGUGUUCAUAACAAAGAAUCAAACAUCAGCCUGAUUGAACCUUGUUUAAAAUAAAAUAAAAUAAAUGUAAAGAUGAAAACCUUCAAUUUACUUGUUUCCGCAUAGCUGGAUAGACUACUGACUUUUGGAGGUUAACAUUGGCUAUAAACCCAAAACAUAAAGACAUGAAUCCUUGAAACCAACUUUUUUUAAUCUCUAUUUUGCCACCAUAAUCUACUGUCUUUCUACUGUUAAGCUUCAUUCAUGUACAGCACUUUGAAUUGUCUUGUAACUGAAAUGUGUUAUAGAAAUAAAUGUGCUAUAGAAAUAAAUUUGCUAAAACCCUUUUUUUAUGUUUAUAGCAGUCAUAUGAUCAUGCCAGCAUUCACCAUUUAAACCAUAUAUGAUAUAUUUUAUUGUUAUCUUGGUAUGAUGUUGGGCUCACUGUAAAUAAUCUAAGAUUAAUCU